AUGCGCAAAUGGUUGCCUCUAAAAAGGCUUCAGCAAGUUUACUUCAAGGUUUUCAUUGCAUUCAUCCUGGGAUUGAUUGCAUUGAUUCAAUUUUUUGCAUGCUAUGGAUAUUAUAACUAUGAAUGCAUACCUAGGAGUGAAAUAGAGAAGCAUAUUUAUUUACAUGCAAACCCUAAUUUAGUGAAAAGACCUAAUCCAGACUGCAGAUAUGAGGAUAUUUAUCAGAAAUAUUACCCAGAUGAUUGGGAAAUCAAUGGGCAUGUUGAUGGGUUUCUUCCACAUGGAAUCGCAAAUGGCACCUUUAUUCCAAAGGACUGCAAUCCUCUGAUAAGUGUGGCUAUACUUGUUACAUAUAGGAAGAGACAGAAGCAGUUGGAUAUAUUUAUUCCAUAUAUACAUAAUUUUUUAAGGAAACAAAAUAUACACUACAAGAUAUAUGUCAUUGAACAACAAGAUGAUAAGCCCUUCAACAAGGGGCUGUUGUACAAUGAGGGCGCGCGGAGGGCGCUCGAGGAGAGAUUCCCGUGUCUCAUUCUGCACGAUGUAGACCUUUUGCCGGUCAACGCCGCCAACAUCUACGCCUGCCUUCGCCUUCCUCGACACAUGAGCGCUAGCAUCGACAAGUUCCGCCUCAAUCUACCCUACGAGUCCCUAACAGGCGGGGUCCUGGCCAUCCGCGCCGACCACUUCCGCCAGAUCGACGGCUUCUCCAACCGUUUUCAAGGCUGGGGUGGAGAGGACGACGAUCUCGCGCUGCGCCUGCGGCACGCCGCUUUAGAUAUUUUAAGACUGCCCCCGGAGAUGUCGAGGUACCGGAUGCUGGUGCACCGUCAGGAGCGCAAGAACGCGGCUCGGCAUCGGCUGUUGGAGACGGGGCCCGAGCCAAGGGACGGGUUCCGAGCGCCCGACCACCCCGCCCCCAUCGCCCCUGUCACCCACACACGCCUCUACGCCCUCAUCAGAGUGCGCACCUGA